UGCAACAUUUUUCUAAAGUAUGUGAAUAUUUCCAUGUGAUAGUUGCAGUGAGUUUAGAGACAACCGAUUUGUUUUUGAUGGCAGCGGAACCACUGUUCUGUGCGACUGAGAGUCAUCGUGUCCGGAGCGUUUAGCUGUGUACACAGGAAGUAAAUUCAAGUCAUCCAGACAAGUAGGUUAUAAUUCGCCAGUAUAUUAAGUGUUUUGAUCAGGAAACGGUUCAUAUCAGUUGGAAUUGUAGUAUAUAAUUAAUUCAAGAUGCUGAUCAAAGUUAAGACUCUCACUGGAAAAGAAAUAGAGAUCGACAUUGAGCCCACAGACAAGGUGGAGCGAAUUAAAGAGAGGGUGGAAGAGAAGGAAGGGAUCCCCCCGCAGCAACAGAGACUCAUCUACAGUGGAAAACAAAUGAAUGAUGAGAAAACAGCUGCAGAUUACAAGAUCCAGGGAGGCUCAGUGCUCCACCUUGUGUUGGCGCUAAGAGGCGGCUCGACGCUCCACCGGCCCUGCAUACACCUCUCCUCCUUGUCAUGAGUCGCUGUCGUCAUGGGGCCAGCUGAGUGCCAACGCUUUAGGUGUCCGUCACCGUCUAACCAUGUUUCAGCACAGAGAUCUGAAUUCCCACGCUCCCGGGCCAGCGCAAACAACAAUGAAAAAAUCAAUAAACAACAACAAAAAAAAGAGAGAGAGAGAGAGAGAGAGAAAAAGGACGUUCUAAUUCCUUUGUAGAUGUUUUUUUUUGUAAACCCACAUUGGCUUUUUUGAGUUUGACCAGUUGAUGCAGGCACCCAUGCAGUACAAAAGACAGUUUGAAAACACUGUGGUCUUUUUGCUUGUGAAUAAAUGCUGAAGUAGA